GCAUCGCAGGCGGCGUGACGUCUUCGUCACGUGACGAGGUGGCCGGAAACAAACAUGGCGCGGUGAAAGUGAAGCGAAGUGCAGUCUAGGGGAGUCUAUUCAGGUCCGACCGCUGGACAGAUGAGAGGAAGAAGAGGACGAGGAGGACACCCACCACAACCACCACCACCAUCAUCAUCAUCAUCAGGUGAAGCAGUCACUCAGGAAAAGAGGAGGAUGGCGCUGAGGAAACAAAAGAUUAUCGACAUCCCCUCUGAGAGCCAGCAGAUGGAGGAAGACUCGCAGGAGGACGAAGCUGCAGACGACCAGGACGAGCUGUCAUCGUCGCUUCUCGCCACAUCGUCGGCGAGAGGGAAACGCCACAAGGAGGGGGAGGACAAAUCCAAACCUAAAGAGAUGACCGAGGAGGAGAUGAUGGAUUUGGCUCUGCGUCUGAGCGAACAGGAAGCCAGCGUCACGGCGCUCAGACGGCAGCAGGAGGAAGAGGCCGUGAUGAAGGCCAUCGAAGAGAGCAUGGUUGGCCAGACACAACCGUGCUGGACCUCCCAGAGUCCGUCUCAGCCCGCCCAUGCUCCCCUCAGGCUCUUCUCCCGUCGGAAACUUGCAUACUCGAACGGGAAGAAGAACCCCGACGUUGAUCGUGGAGCCUCAGAGGACAGCUGCACACCAGCAGGAACUGGAGAUGAUGAUAACAGGAAUGUAAAGAAGAAAAGGAAAGCAGGAAGUCCUCUGCCAGAGAUGCCAGACUUGUCCCAGACUCAGAACGUCUACUCUCAGCCGUCACCCUGCAGCUCCGAGUCACCAUUGGCACUUCCAGGCUCUCCACAGAGCUCUGACUCGACCCAGAUUGAGGACUCUCAGCUCCGUCGGUCCCCCGUCUUCCCCCCCUCGGGCUGCAGGGCAGAGGUCCGCAUCGACCGGCUGAGCCAGGACCUGCUGGACACCUGCAGAAGCGCGGGGUUCGUGUUGUGCACUCAGGAUAGUUUGAACUCUACUCAAAAAUCCACUCGACCCAGGAGCCCGACAUUUCCUGAAAGUAACCUCGCAUCGCGUCCUAAAAGCCCCGUCUUAUCAGGCGUCGAUCCCAACGACAGCGACGAGAUUGAGCCAAGUCCCGAGUGUGUUAAAAGUCCCGCAUUUGGCAGGGAAACGCCACACGAACAGACUGUCUGCAAACCCCGAGACUCUGCCUGCAGCCAAGGCCAUGAAAACUCAGGAUUCACGUUUUCUUCUCAGGAGAGUUUAACUCCCUCUGUGAGGGCCGCUUCCCCUGUAUUCCCAAGAAGCCCCAGCAUUCCUGCCUCAGAACGGUUGGCAUUCCCCAAAAGUCCAGACAGGGGACAGACCAAGCCAAGUCACACCUGUUCUGUGAGCCCCGUGUUCGGACUGCAGAAAAAGUCUGAGAGUCCUCCAGCUGCAGAGCACCGAGAUCCGUCAGGCAACAGGAUGGACGGCCGAAGUCGAGUGGAUGAGUUUAAAGCCUCUGAGUCAGAGGAGCCGCGCAGAUGGUCCAAAUCCCCUAACCGAGCCGAGACGGAGCCGACCAGCGACAUGAUGCUAGUCUGGACUGAUGAAGACGAGGACGACGAUGUCACGCCGACCGGCUCUCCCAGUCCCGUCUUCCCAGAGGAGACCUCGAUUCAUCACGCAGAGAGCCCGGCAGCCUCCCUGAACCACGUGGCUCCUUCGGGGACGACCGGACCAAAGUGCAGCCUAAAUCCUCAGAGGUGUGUGAAGGAUCAGAGCAGCUCCUACAAACACACUUCAUCUGAAACUUCUCCUAAAUCCAGCGGAGGAGAGCACCCUUCCACCACAGAGCAGGAACUGCAGCCUGCCGGAUCUGACAGCUGGACGGGCCCCCAGUCUGGAGAGCCUGCAGGCUCCACUACAGUCCACUACUACUGGGGGGUUCCCUUCUGCCCUCGAGGCCUGGACCCAGACACGUACACACAGGUGAUCGUGGCUCAGAUGGAGGUGUACGAGAAGAGUCUGAAACGGGCUCAGAGGUGUCUGCUGAGGAAGGCUGAGUGGGGGGAGGCCGUCCUGCCGCAAACAGAGAAAUCCUCGUCACACGAGUCGCCCGCUGAAUCACCUCAGCAUCACGGUCCUCGAAGGCGAGGCCUCAGACUGAGAAGCAAAUCCCAGAGCGAAGCAGCUGAUGCUCCUACAGCAGAAGAGGAGGAGGAGGAAGGGAAGAUGGACGAAGAGGAACAAAGAAAGAUGGAAAACAAAGAGGAGGAAGAGAAGGAUAAGGGAGACAAAGAACAGAUGGAUGCCGAGGAGUGUCAGGUUUGCCCAGAAACACCACCGAGUGACAAUGACAACUCGCAGGAUCUGAUGCUGGUCUCUGAGGCUGAAGCACGGCCUGAAGCUAAAAGUCCAGAGUUUCCGGAGUUACAGAUGAUUCUUCACAAGGAUCCGCCAGCCAGGAAUGAGUCACAGGUGGAGGAGGAGGCUGAAGGUGCAACAGGGGAAAAGAUGGAGGGCGACGUUCCCAUCAGCAGCAGCGACUGUGGCGGAGAGGAGGUGAAGGAGGACAGCAGGGGUCCAGGUGUGAAGGAGAUAAAGGGCCGAGGUCCUCAAAGGGCAGCGUCUCCUGAGGAGGAACCGGCCAUCAUCCCCCGCAGCCCUGAAACCACAGUCGACUGCCCAAUCUGCCAGGCGUCCUUCCCUGCGAGCAAGAUCGAAAUGCAUGCGGCGUACUGUGACGGGGAGGUGGCCGUCGUGGAUGAGAGGAGGCCCGAGGUUGACUGCAUCCAAGUGUCACUGAAGCCUCGAAGGAAGCGAACGCGGAGAGCGAACGCUGAAGAGACAAACGACCACUCCAACAUUGGCAGGAACCAAGAGAAGUGUUACAUCUGUCAGAAAGACGUCCCUCUGAAAGACUACAGCCGGCACACUGAGCUCUGCAUCCAGCGUCAGGAAUCGAAGACUGCAGCUAUCAGACAGAGUAGGAGAGACCGACAGGGACGUUACAGGCAAGAGGGGAAAUCUGCUGCUGGCACUGGAUCAGACAGAGAGCAGGGACUCAGAGAUGUCAUUGAUCUGCGGGAUGAUGAUGAUGAUGAUGAGGAGGAGGAGGUUUCAGCAUUCAGGGUCAGUAACUCUCCCAUCAGGUCCUUCACUUCGAUCUCAGAAGCCACCGACUGCCUUAUCGACUUCAAAAAACAGCAGCGAGCCAAGAGGCCGUGCCAAAGACGCCGAUGAGGACGUCCUCCCGAAGGGCGGCGGUACUGACUGAAAAUCCUGGAAAUCAGAGCCUUAACUCAAACUCGCGUCUGGAUGAAUGAUAUUUACUCAGAUUAACAAGCAGAAAUCGAACUCUCGAGCAUUUAAAGUCUCUCUUGGUGCCACUAACGCUGAAGGUGUCUGUCUACCUCUUCAUAAAUUGGAAGAUUUCCUUUGUUACUGUAGCUUUGCUGUAGACCAACUGAUAUUAAACCUUUGAUUUUC